GCACGCUAUUUCAUCACGCACCGCAUAACCCUAUCUCUGUAUACAAAGGACGAGACGAAAUAAGGAAAUCGCCAGCUAGGAAAACCCUUUCUUAAAUUGGAGAAUCUCCGGUAAAGCGUGAUUGGAGUCACUUAGUGUUUUAGCGCGGACAGACAUGAAUUACGAAUGAUCAGCGAUGGAGAAAGACAGCGGCGAAGCAAGUGGGGGUAUGACAAGGGUGAAGAGAUUUACAGUUGCUAUCCACCCUGAAAGUCGUAAUGACAAUGACGUUGAAGAUGGCCUGAAGGAGCUUGGGAAAAUAGAAGAAGAAACUCAAGAGACGAAAAGUGUUAAAUACUGGGCUGAAAAGAUUACUUAUGCCUUCAGAAGCUUAACUGUUUCUGCCACCAAACAGAGAAAAAACAGUUUUGGUUCACUUUUUUCUUCUUUAGAUGAGACAAAGGUUGAGGAAAGUGAGACACUUGCUUCAGGCGAACGAUUGAAAGAGGCGGCAAAGUAAUUGUGGAAAGAUAAUGUACAAUGAAAGUUUGUAUGU